AUGACUCCUGCAGUUCCUUCCCUCGCCCAGACCCACAUGCAAGGACCAUUGGUGGUCACAGGUUCCGGUGCGGCCUUGACCAAGGAAGAGUUAGAGGCAGUCAAAGUUGAACUUGAAGAAAUCAAGAAGACAUACGGUUUGAAAGAACCUGUCCGAAGUUUCAUGGACGACCACGAGAUCAAAUGGCGCUUCGGUGGCAAGCCAGAUUACUCCGUCACCAACUUGAUGUACCUCAAGCAACGCUCCACCAAUCAUGCCGACGGCAGUUUGGAGCAGAUUGUGGAAAACUUGGUGAAAACUUGGGAAAUGGAACGAUCGCACAAGCUCGACUACAAGGCACACCAAUCCGUCGACCAAGAGAAGUUUCGCAUAUCCGCAAACGGAGGCAAGGUCUUCGACAAUGUCGAAGCAAAUCAAGUUGGCAACUACAAUGUUUUGAUGAAUGCGUGUCCCGCCAAUUUGUACGAUGCCCAAAACACCACCUGGGAGCAGUCUCACGACAAGUUCCAUGCUGCUUUUGCUGCGUUCCCAUGGGAAGUUUUGGAAGUUUUCUCUGGACCUCCAAAGGUUGCAUUCACUUGGAGACACUGGGGUACUUUCACUGGUGAAUACGAUGGCAACAAAGGAGAAGGCCAGCUGGUGGAGAUGUUUGGUUUUGGAACUGCCGUCGUCAACGACAAGUUGCAGUUGAUGGAUGUCGACAUCUACUACAAUGCCGAACAAUUCAUCAAUGUCUUGCGCGGGGAAAAGAAACCUGCGGAAGUCAAUGGUAACUGGAAGUCCAACGCUGGAUGUCCCUUCACUGCCAUGGUGAAAAAAAUGACAAUCUCGGAGUAA